ACAGCCCUUCGCCGCUUUUAAGCCAAGUCUAAUAUCAAUUGCUUUGCCAGCUAACCAACAUAACCAACAAUAACAUCAAAGAUGAAAUACCUGUUCGUGGUUGCCCUUAUUGCCCUGGCCAUCCAGGUGGCUUCAUCUUCUAGUAAUACAACAACAACUGAUGCCACCACCACAACAACAACCACCACUGCAGCAUCGACCACAACAACAACAACGGCCGCUUCCACUCACAAAAAGCUUUGUUGGAGGGGCAACAACUGGUGCCACACCCGCAUUCCCAAGCGGAAGUGCAAGAACCCAAAGAGGUGCCACAAGACCAUCGUGAUUGUGACCCACAGGAAAAAUUAAGCUGCACUAGUAGUUUUUGAAAUAAAGAAAUUCUUUUUAAAAGAAUUUUGCCUAAUAUUUUCAUUUUAUCUAUAAAAUUAUUUUAAGUAGUAUUUGUACCCUUAACUCAUAACGCAUAGUAAAUGGGUAUGCAAUGUGUGUUUAAAAGUAGGUAACACUUAAAAAGUUUUCGAUCCUAUUGUAUUGUACACAUAUGCCUUAUCAGAAUAUAUAGCCGAUUUAGUCUAUCGGUCGCCAAUUUUCUAAAGAAAUAGUUUCAUCGCCUUUAAAUUGCAAAAAAUUGCCUUUACAUAUAUUUUCGGAAUAAAAACAUUCUACUUCAUUUUCCACUAGACACUUGUGCAAGCUAAACUCUGAGUAAUAGGUAUCUGAUAGUCGAGGAAUUGGACUUCAGCUGUUUCUCUUAUUUUAUUAUGAAUUUAAAGAAUAAUAAAU